ACCGACAAUCGAUCGAGCUUUCACGAGUUUCACAUACCAAUGGAUAGAUGGAGUGACUAUCAAUGAACUUUUGACGUGAACUUGAUUGCAACUUGAAUAACUUAACCAAAAUAUCUAAGCUUUUUAUGUGAUGCGAAUAGUGAUAACCGUGUGAGUUGAUAUAAAACUGUAAUCAAAUUAAAAUACAAUACGUGAGAAAUGUUUAUAUUAUUUUAGAACCCAAAUUCAGUGACAUUUUGGAUGCUAUUACUAAACUAAGCAGAAAUUCUUCGAGUUUGGCUAAUAAUGUGUAAACGGAAGACCUUCAAGACAAUUAGUCAAAGGAAAUGAUGAGAAAUGGCGGAGUUUCUGCCCCUGUGCGACGUGUUGUUCAACGUGAUCUCAUUGGCGGGCUACUUCUGUGACGUGGUUUUCGACGUCGUUAUGGGCUACGCGUUGCUCGAGCGAGGGUACAAGGGCAGCUUCGCUGCGGCUAUAUCCAUUGUCGUAACGUCGCUGCUAAUUUCUCAGGUGUUGUCUCUCCGUUGGUACUUGCAUGUAAGGUGGGCCAACGAGGAUCGGAAAGGCCGGCCGCCGUGGCUCCCCAUUGUGCUGCACUGUCUACAACUGGGGGUACUGUGGCGGUACGCUCGUCUCCUAGUACCCGUUGAGUUACGGCGCGUCAAACAUCAAGUUAGAGAUUUGUGUAUGCUGCGUUUGGUGCACGCGUUCUGCGAGGCGGCACCGAUGUUGCUAUUACAGCUGCACAUAUUCUUCAAAGAGACACUGGAACCCACCAAUGAGCUGGGGGUGAGCUCUGAACCUAGCAUCGACGAGUCAACUGCUAACAAGGCGUUUGCGGAGUUGAACGUGAUAUCGGCGUCUCUCUCACUCUUCUCCGUGUGUUGGGCGCUGGCCAGCUUCAGCAAGAAUGUGCGUCUCCAAAACGUGCACAGACUCGUGUUGACAUGGCUCGGAGUGAUAUUCCAGUUCCUUUGGCGUUUGGGCACUAUUUCGGCACGGAUGUGCGCGCUCACCGUCUACGCUCUAGUCUAUGAAUACUGGGUCUUCUUAGUCAUAGGUCUCCACUGGGUGUCAAUGUUUCUCUGGUUGAUAUCGCCUAAGAACGUGUUCCACGGAGAACGCAUCAGUCGGCCGCGGAAAGCAUAUCUCUCCGCGCUUAUUGCCUUCGUAUACGUAUUCGCGUAUAUCAAUCUACAGGAACUCAAUCAUAGACAAAAAAUGGUGACGUUCUACUGCGUGAUGUGCGUGGAGAACUGGGUGCUGGUGGGCGCGUGGUGGUGGUCGGGCCGGGCCCGGUCGUCCGCCGCCGCGCCCGCUCCGCUCGCUGCGGCUCAUGCACUCGCCUUCCUGCUCGGGCUGGCCUUCAUGCUGCUCUACUACAGGUACUUCCACGUGCGAAGAUUAGGCUACAUGCUCGGCGAGCACCAACAAGGCACUAAUAGCACAAGCGCAUCGUCGCAGAAUAAAAACGGGAAACCUGGACAAACGGAUAACACAACGAUACCAGGCGUGUUUAACUGUCGGUUCACGAAUCCAGUCAAUAAUAGCACAGCCAACGGACGCAAGAAGAAGAAACCCACUUCGUUCGUGCCGCCGCCCGCAGCGCCAGCUGCUGCUUUCUGGAGAAGACCUCUGCCGGCCGCUCAUAAUCACCAUGGAGGUUCCUCUGAAAACGAAGGUUCAAGUGUCGGCUCACGCGUUAAUAUCCAGCAGAAACUACAAGAGAAGAAACAAAAGCAACUCGCUGAACUGAGAGUUAUAGAAGAAGAGAUCAAACAGGGGAAGCUGGCUAAGACCACGCCCGUUGCAGCCGAGGAAAUAUACAGCAGUCUCCAAAGACAGCCUAUACCCAGGGCCAAAACACAUGCGGAGCCACCGGCCUGGCCUAGUAUAGAAAUGACGCAUUCCUAUCAAAAUUAUCCCGUGGUACCCCACACUUGCAACAUGUUAUACCCAACGUACACAGAAAUUAAACCAGAGUAUGGAGUCGAUAGUUUUCAAGCCACAGAAAACAACGCUUCAGACCUCAACGAUUUAAAAAUCCGAAGACUUCCGAACAGGUACGAAAAUCCUCGAACCUUUUACGAAAACCCAGCAAAUAUGCGGAGUGACGUCACAAGGACGCCUCUCCGUUCGCCGAAUUACUUGGCAAUGGACGAGACGAGGAACUACGAGGCAAACGGUUGUAGUAGUCCUCGGAACGUAAUGAAUAGUAGCCCAAGAAACUAUAAUGCUGAUGUCUCCAAUAACAACUAUGAUUCUACAGCGUUGGACAAACCAAGGCUAACGCAAAACAUUAAUAUUUAUUCAGAAGAAAAUAGACCUAUGAGUGAAUACACGAGUUUCUGCGAGAACGCCCAAGCUUAUACCAAAUAUGAAGGAAAGGAUGAUUAUACCUCCGCGUUACAUAGUGCUUUAGCAAACGUUCAAAGUAUAGACAAUAUACGAAAUACAUACAACGAGGCGGGUUGUACUCAGUACAAUCAGAAUUGCGAAAGAAUGUUCCCUUACCCUGGCCUGGCAGGGAAGAAAAUGGAACAAAUAAGGAAAAUGCAGAGGUGCCGAACUCCUGAGAUUCUGCUGGCGCCGCUCUAUUUGGAAGGAUGCAAUAGGCAGGUGUGCUGUCAUUGGGGAGCACCAUAUACAAACAGAAAGAAAGAGGAGAGUGGAGAGGAAUCAGGUCCUGAUGCGCCAGCUCGAGACACUCCGCGGCCGCCUUCAGACAUCGACAGCCAGAUCUCCCUGCCUCGUUCGUACACGUUACCUCGGGAGUUCCGGUACUGGCGGCGGAGGCCGAGACUGCGGGAUGCACAUGUGCCGAGCAACAAUAGUAGUGAUGGUGACGUAGACAGCGCUGAUAACGACAGCGACCACCGAUCAAACUGCUCCGCAGCCUCGCAGCUCCAAAGCCCGACCUAUGCCGACAGUUAUCAGUACAGGGAAGGACUACGACCAGAGGAACCUCGCUACAGCGAGUUGUACGCCGUGUGCCCAGUCGACCGACGGCCUAGGAGAGGCUUUAGGAAACAAGGACCCAAACCUGAGACCAAACUUUGACUAUCACUGGACAAUGCGGUGUUAUAUCUUAGUACAUGUCUAAAGAUUAGGGAUGUGACAUUAUGUAUAAAGAAAUCGAUUUUUAUUAUACUAAUCGAUUUGUCUAAAGUAAU